AUGGUGUCAUCCUCCACGGCGGCAUCUCUAUCCUCUGCAUCACGCUCACUGGCAAACGUUCAUGCCCUCCCAGACGAGCUCACUGAGCUGAUUCUUAUUUUCACUGCUCGCGCUGGCUUCCCUACCGCUAUCUCUGCGUUCGCACAAACAUGUCACGCAUUUCACACCCUUGUAUACCAUUCUCCCGACCAACACCUUUGGCGCGAGGUCUUCCUGACCACAUUCGACGAUCCUCGUCGUAGCGAGGAGUGGAAAGAACGCGAGGCCGUCUUUGAUUGGGGUCAGGAAUUCAGAAACAGAGUGUGGGCCACAGAUUACUUCAAGCGCGAGUCUCUCGUAACACAGUCCUCGUCUGCUCCUACAUCCUCACGACCUACCACAUGUUUCUUAACUUCAGACUCAACCAUCUCAUUUGAAGUUUCCCGAUACGAUAUCAUAGAACGGGAUUUGCGCGCACUCGAGGCUAUCAUCUCUGCAGCAGAAACGGCUCUUCCGUGUCCCCCGACCAUCUGCUGUUCAUUUAUCCCAUCUGCAAGCAAUGUAGCCAACAGCCCCGGAGUUUACCCGGCUUAUCCGUCCUAUCCUAUCUUCCCACCCGGUCCCCAUCCUACCGGUGUAUCACAACAAGAAACAGAGCCGUCUUCCGUGCCACGCCUGUCAAGUAGUGCAUCAUCGCAUCUGGAUGAAUAUCAGUCGACAUCCCUAAACAUCAAAUGGAUUGCGGAUUUGGUAGGGCAUGGAUUGCCACCUCGAUUGAGAGAUAUGGUAUCGGGCACGCAGCUGCAUGGCGGGACGUUAGGUGAGAAGUUGGAUGAGCGUGAGGCUCGGAUGAUGCAAGCGCUUGGCCGUGUCAUCGCAUUUACUGGAUUUCGCCCUGAGCCGCCACUGGGCCGGGAUGGGGAUACGGAAGAGAAUGAUCAUAGCGGUAGCGAGGACCUGCAGCAUCAACCUGACGAUGAAGACAACUAUACAAGUGAUGAAGAUGAUUCGAAGAGCCUCGAGCUCGAACACGGACGGAUUAACUCAAGUCUACCGACGGACUUCAUAACUGACACAUUCCACGACAGCACCGUGACGGACCCUACUAAAGACAUGAGUGCUGCUGCGCUGAACAGAAGGGCGCGAAGCUUGGCACGAUUACGAGCAUAUUCUCUCCGGCUUCUAGCUGUCGAGCGGCACUGGGGACCAUUCCUACCUUUGCAGAGUGCUUCCGUUGGGUCGCAGACAGCUGACAAAUCACAGAGCAACUCCGGCAGCUCUACAGACGAGGACAGCGAGGAGGAGUUUGCAGAAGACAACUUUCUACCUCCGAUGCUGAAAAUGCUGGCCGGCGAAAAUGAUGAUGAUGCGGACGAAUCUGACGAAUGCAGCGACGAUGACAACGACAGCGAGCUAGGGGAGUUCUCUGAUGAUGCACAGGCGGAUCCGUCCGAGGCACCCGACUAUUCACUGCUCACACCUGAUUGGGCGUACCUAGCCGCAGUCCGCGUCGUUGUGGAGGCCAAUUUAAGAGAGGCUGUGGGUGCGGGUGAGAUCACCGGGCUGGCUUGGCUGGAUGGGUUACGGGUGGGCAGCGCGCCGAAGGAGGUUGGGUACUGCACAUCGUUCUCUGCGCACGACGUCGCAACCGAUUUGGAGGCACGUUGGCGCUCGGAGAAGGGGAAGGAAACUGACUUCGGCGUCAUUGGUGAUAUUGGGCUGAUGCCGCCUGGCGGUGACUCUGUCGUCGCUUGGGAUUGGGCCGGUGUCACUGGUGUGUGGAGACGGUGCAUAUGCUGGUUUGAUUACCGCGACUUGAUUCUACACAACCAUUUGUCUGAUUUUAGCGACCCUAAUUUGCAAGAGGCUGUUCGAAUCGUGCCCAUGCGCCUGCGUGUGGUAUCGUUUUCUCCUUCUCUAGUUCCUGCUUAUCCCAAUAGGCCAACACUUCACGUCGAGGGAGAAACGGCUGGCGGCACUCCGCAAGGGCCGGUGCGCAAGUUGCAGGGGACGGUGGGCGUUGUUGCGGAUGGAAGUAUAAGAUGGACGUUGUUAUUGCUUGCACUCAAUUCAGAUGAACCUAACGAAUGGAUUUCUGAAGGAAUACAAAUUGGAGGCCCGCAAACUGCUAUGGGCGUCCUUGGCAUAUGGACCGGCUCGCAACAUGAGAAGAUGGAUCCUCUAGGUCCGUUCUGGGCUUGGAAGGUGGGCUAG